AUGCUAAAUCGUGCGCUUCGAACGGAAGACAUGAAUACAAUAUUAGAUUUUCGAUAUUUUAUAUUAGACUUGUAUAAUCAAUUGUAUAAAGUGCAAACUGAUUUUGAUCGAUCUUCUAUGACCUUGCCGAGAGCCAAAUCAGAUCGUACAUUAAUCGUUUAUCAUGGGCAAUUAAUCAGUUCAAAAGAGCUUAGCAAAUUAAAACGCAAUAUCGGUGGGUACAUAAUAAUAAAUACAUUUUUAUCUACCACUACAUCAAGUGAAAUAGCUCUGUUAUAUGCUGGUGAUGGUUUGCAGCGUCCAGUAUAUGAGUCAGUGUUGUUUGAAAUCGAGUAUGAACUUCAACAUCGUAUAGACAGGAAAAAACCAUUUGCAGAUAUUAGUCAUAUUAGCCAAAUAAAAGAUGAAAAUGAAGUUCUGUUUACUGCUGGCACAAUAUUUCAUGUAAAAUCCUUGAAAAGAUUUAAUGAUGAUCUCUGGAUUUUACAUUUACAUUUGUACAAUAAUGAAAAUGAAGAAAUAAAUGAAAUUGAAAAAUCAACGAAGCUUAUUCUAUUACUGGCACUGCAUAAUCAGUUAUCGGCGCUUUCUGUUACAGAUAAGAAAGAAACACAGCAAGGUGUUGUAACGGACCUAAACAAGUCAAAGUACAAAAAUUUGAUGAUAAAUUUCAAAUAUCGUUAUUUAUUUUAUCUUAUUAUUAUAGUUGUACUCUACUUUUAUCUUCGCACAGGGAAUUAG